AUGCUCCAGGAACCAAUCAAUCUGCCCAAGUGGCUCGAGGAGAACCAGCACCUGCUGAAGCCUCCGGUUAACAACUUUUGUAUCCAGCGAGGAGGCUACACUGUUAUGAUCGUUGGAGGACCUAAUGCUCGAACUGACUACCACAUCAACCAGACCCCUGAAUGGUUCCACCAGAAGAAGGGCCACAUGACUCUCAAGGUGGUGGACGAUGGAGAGUUCAGAGAUAUCACUAUCAACGAGGGCGAUAUCUUCCUGCUCCCCGCCAACGUGCCCCACAACCCCGUUCGAUAUGCCGACACCAUUGGUGUUGUGGUUGAACAGGACCGUCCCGAGGGCAUGAAGGACGCUCUGCGAUGGUACUGUCCUAACGAAAAGUGCCGAGAGAUUGUGUUUGAGAACUCGUUCCAGCUCGUCGAUCUCGGCACCCAGAUUAAGGAGGCCAUUCUUGAUUUUGACGGUGACAUUGAAAAGCGAACAUGCAAGGCUUGCGGUACUGUCGCUACUUCCAGACCGUAG